AUGCCCAAAAUCUUCCCUAAGACUCGAAAACACGCCAUCAUUCGCCUCUCCCGCGUUCCUUGGAAGCAGUUGACGUGCCAGCUGCGUAUUUGACGGCGCCCGUUCGGCCCUCUAGACGAUCAGCUAGGACCCUUUUCCCCCGUUUCUCCCCCCGUGGUUUGGUUUUGAGCACUACAGGGCCGAAGCCGGCGUGUGAGGAUGGGGGCCGGAGCGAGUGCAGAGGACAAGCACUCCAAAGAGCUGGAGAAGAAACUCAAGGAGGAUGCAGAGAAGGACGCCAGGACAGUCAAGCUGCUGCUGCUGGGUGCUGGAGAAUCAGGAAAGAGCACCAUCGUCAAACAGAUGAAAAUUAUCCAUCAAGAUGGUUACUCUCUUGAAGAGUCCAUGGAGUUUGUCACCAUCAUCUACAGCAAUACCCUUCAGUCCAUCAUGGCGAUUGUAAAGGGCAUGACUCAACUCAACAUCGGCUACGGUGACACCGCUCAGCAGGACGAUUCCAGGAAGCUCAUGCACCUGGCAGACACCAUUGAGGAGGGUUCCAUGCCCAAAGAGCUGUCUGACAUCAUCAUCCGGCUGUGGAAGGACACUGGUAUCCAGGCAUGCUACGACAGGGCCUCUGAGUACCAGCUUAACGACUCCGCUGGAUACUAUCUGAAUGACUUGGAGAGGCUGGUCCAGCCUGGAUACAUCCCCACUGAGCAGGACAUGUUGCGAUCAAGAGUAAAGACCACUGGUAUCAUAGAGACCCAGUUCGGCUUAAAAGACCUCAACUUCAGGAUGUUUGACGUGGGCGGCCAGCGCUCAGAGAGGAAGAAAUGGAUCCACUGCUUUGAGGGAGUGACCUGUAUUAUCUUCAUCGCUGCUCUGAGCGCCUACGACAUGGUGCUGGUGGAGGAUGACGAAGUGAACCGAAUGCACGAGAGUCUCCACCUGUUCAACAGCAUCUGCAACCACCGCUACUUUAUUGCCACCUCCAUCGUACUCUUCCUCAACAAGAAAGACGUCUUCACCGAGAAGAUCAAGAAGGCUCACCUCAGCAUGUGCUUCCCCGACUACGACGGCCCCAACACCUAUGAGGAUGCUGGCAACUACAUCAAACUCCAGUUCCUGGACCUGAACUUGCGGCGAGAUAUCAAGGAGGUCUACUCACACAUGACCUGUGCCACAGACACAGAGAACGUCAAGUUUGUAUUUGACGCCGUAACUGACAUCAUCAUCAAAGAAAACCUAAAGAGUUGUGGUCUCUUCUAAGAGCCACGCCAUAUAGGGUGUUGGUUUACCCUCUGAAUCCUAUCCCCUUCCCCCUUCAAACUGCGGGAUACAAUCUCCUCAAGAAGACCGGACGAAGGAGACCAACACAGCGACUGUCUCUGGAAGCUGCCAUUCACAAAUUAUGAUACUACACACACACACACACGAAUUCAUACAAAACGCAGCAUCAUAACCAAAGACAUUUAAGUUCAUUUGAGACCUGGAAAAUAGGUGUACUGUCAAAGUAAGAGGAUCUAUACUGUACAGAUUUAUGUUAUAAGUCAAUCAUAGUCAAGCUAUCGUCCUUUGUUAAAUGUCUUGAAUAGGAACUCCUUUUCCAUUGCAGUGCUAUGCAACCUGUAGUUGAAAGAUCGGCGCCUGUCAGCAGAAAGCGCUUCUUCCCACAGACAGUACAUUUGAAUAGGUGUAAGGCUAUGUAUCAUCUCUAUGCUCCAGUAACCUGCAGACAUAUUUCAACUUGCGUGACAACAGGUUACAAAACCCAUUCAUCAGCAAAAAUGUGUUGUAUGUGUAGAACAGAUAUUGAGCUGUACGUAUAGUGGGCACAAUAUGAAAGACCUCAAGCUACAGGAGAGGACCAAUGACAUGAAAUCAGACCAAUUCAUUCUUAUAUGUCAAACAUCACAGAAUUGUAAAGUUGAGGGUAACUUGUAUCUAGAACUAUUUCACUGAUGAGCGACUGUAGUAAAGACGCAGUAUUUUUAUGGAUGUAGCUUGGUCACAUACUAAUUUGAAUACCUUGUAAGUCUUUGGGCCACAUUCUGUACAGAAAUAAAACAUGAAAACUUCAUGUGAAAUCAGAAAUUAAGUUAAAGCUUCUGUAGAAAACUAACCUCUGAACUAAUUACUAAAUAAAUUCACCUCAAUAUUG